CCUUGAAGAAGUCGUGUUCCUUCUGUACGACGUGGUGACUUAUCACAAAUCGAAGUCUCAAAAAGAUGAAACAACAUUUUUCUCUACAUGGUGAUAAAUGGAUCCCCACCAAACAAAUUGAUAGUAUGUGGGAAUUUGUCAAAGCUGUGAGUUUAUCCCUAUUUUGUGAGCUACUUUUAUUUUGUCUUAAGCGUUUCGAAGAAUGAUUUGUUGUGAAUGCAGUUAUCUAGAUUGAUCUCGUAAUGUUAUUCAUACUUCUUAGGUAGACUGGACUGAACAUUGGUUGAUAGGUCUGAUUGUUUUCCACACGGCAACAUUCCUAUGUGUUAUUUGCACAAGAAAAUACACUAACUUUCAAAUCGUCUUAUUCUUGUUGCUAUGUAAGUAUGAACUAAUAUCAUGUGUUACCCUUUGCCCAAAAGAAAAUAAAAAAUUGGUGACUCAGUUACACAGAGUUGAUAUUUGUCUACAUUUUUCCCUCAGUGGGACUGGCAUUUGCUUCAGAACAAAUCAAUACCUUAGGAGCGCAACACUGGAGGUAAGCACUGACAAUAUUCUGAUGAAUAUUUAAAAGAAAGAAUUACAAAAACAUAUAUGCCAACUAUUCCAUAUUAUCUUGGAGUAUCCACAUGAAUUUUGUGGUCUCCUGUAUAGUUUGUUCACACUGAUUCCUAAGAGCUAAUUCAGCUUUCUUUUCUAUAGAAGGGAGGAAAUCAAGUAGUUCUUUAUUCACUCAAGAAUGAUACAGUUUUCUUUUGAAGGAUUUCCGUAUUUGUUCACUUUGAUUUUUAUCUAUAUUUUGUAUUUUUUGGGUUCAUUUCUAUGAACUCCCGGUUGGUGAGGAGAAACUGAGACAUAUAGGUUAAUUGACAUAUUAAGAGAAGAGUUGGAUAUAGGAAUCUGAAAAUGAAAAUAAAUAAGAUAUUUAUUUAAGCUUUUCCUUGUUUAUUCAGGAAAAUGAAAUGAGUAGAACCCUGUCUUAAACUAACAAAACAAUUAGACAUUCACAAAUUACCAUUAUUUAAUGUAUUAUUUUUUAUAUAGGACCUUUGCAAAGGAGCAGUAUUUUGAUUCAGCUGGUUUGUUCAUAACAGUUGUGUAUUCAGGUCCAAUACUUCUAAACUGCUUUGUUUUGACAGUAAGUACUGGAAUAAAUUACAUUUAAUUCUCAAUUUAUACUAUCAAAUAAGAGCCCCUCUAAAGAAAUGCCCAUCCAGCUGACCAAAAUAUUUUAGAAACACCCCUUCUUUGAACAGGAACCUUCAACCCCUUGUUUUUAUAGAAGAGUGAUCAUAUUUGUUGGAUUUUCACAUUCAUUCCAUACUUUUGUCCAGUUUGUAAACACAGUGUUGAAAAAAUAGCUGUGAGUACCUACUGUCCCUCUCUGAAAACAAGAUGAUCAGCUUUGUGCAUGAUUACAUGCUUUAUACUGUUAUAUCAUAAAUGAUAUAUUACAAGAAAUGAUCAUAUCUGGCAACUUCCCUUUCAGUUAAUGGUCUCCUGUCAUCACCUAAACUCAAAAUUGAUCUUUCUCAAGUUCCAGCUUUCCUUGAUGUUGUUUUAAAUGGGCCUUUUGUUAUAACAAAUUCCCUUUCUUGGUUGCUUCAACAAUUUUCCAUGUUUAACACAUAGGUAUUUUGAACAAGCUUUCACAGCUCCUAGGCCUAAGGUGUCUAUAUAAAGUAUUGUUGUUGUUGUUGUUGUUAUUAUUAUUUGGUCCACUCUAUAUCAUCACCAAAACUAAACUCUACCCUGUCAGGGAAGUGGUUGUAUAAUGUACUCAGCUCAGUAUUUUGCCCAUUGGACAGAAUAUACUGUCUUUUUCUGCUUGUCCUUCUUGACAAUGAAACCCUGCUGUUAUAUUUCAAGGUCUCCUGGCUGUGGACAGCGUGGAAAAUGAUGAUAGUGGUAAAGAGAGGACAACUUAAAGAACUGAAGAAGAAAGAAAGAGAAGAAAAAAAAUCACAAUAA